UAUUUUUGAGCCGGAAAUUUCGCGCUGCAUCAUGGGAGUAAGGAUCGGUUUCAAAAAUAAUUUGAAAGAUGGCGGAAACUUGAGGAAGGAAGCUUCGCAUGAAGCAGACAAAACGCACGCUUGCGACGAGUCAUUGUCCUGUUUAUAGCGAUCAGUGAUAGUUGGAAGUUUUUAAAGGUGUUAGAGGUAAGUAUGGCUGAGUUUCCGGCAGAAUUGGACGAUCUGCGGUACGAAAACCAACUCCUGAUCAAGAAGCUUCGGAAUCGGCAAGCCGCCGUCAAGGAGUCGCUAAAACUCGUCAAGGCGUCUUCUGGAAGUCAGAAACGUCCAAGAGACACUUACAAGGUGACAAUCCACAAGCCGGGAGACAUCUUAGACGUCAAGAAUGUGGAAAAUCUUCCCAAGGAGGCGCGAAGUCCCGACCACAAGAAGACGAGGGUCGUUGAUCCUGCUGGAGUCGACAGACAACCAGCCAGGCUGAGAGUGCGGACUCCCAAGAAAGUGACGUUUGUAGAUGAAGUCCCCAGGCAAGAAGGAGAACUUCAAGAACUACAACGAGUGGAGAAGCUGCCAAGGUUUCAGUCAACUCCUUUAGGAAGAGAGUUAGGAAAUGUCUUCACAACUGCGACUCAAGAAGCUGAUGAGGCCACCUUUCCCACAGGUGAGUCAACCAGACACCUGUCAUCAAGACACCAGGCAGGUCAAGAGUCGACUUUCCAAGAACCAACCACCCCUCACCUGUACGACGAAGGAAACAGCCGCAGGGCCAAGGAGAUGGCUAAGAAGCCUGCCUCCAUCCUCAGGACACCAGUGAAGAGGAGAACUGUGGUUGGAGGAGGCAGUAACCGUGGUAACCAGUCGGCCAUGACGGUGGGAGAGCUACAGGCCAAGGGGAGGGAGGACGACCAGCCUCUGCUGGGCUAUGAUUGGAUCGCUGGGCUGCUGGACAAUGACGUUUCCUCGCUGGACCGUUCUGAGGGGUUCUUUGAGGAACUGCGGGAAUUCCGGCGGGUGAACCGGGAGGAGUGUGAGCACAAAGCACACCUGGAGGUCAAGACACCACAGUUCAGACGACACAAGUCUCCACUAGCCCCCGCAGGAGCCUCGGAUGACACCCAUGACUGUGUCCACAGCUACAGGCUGAACUCCAGGCUCUUCCCAACCCCCAUGCACAGCAACUUUGCUGGCGACAGUGAAUGUGCCAUCUGCAAGUCCACAAGAGCAGGCGAAGAGACGUUGGAAUCUCCCGCUUACGUCCGUGUGAGCGUCCCUCGAUCCUCGUUGGUGAACUCCCUCCGUGUCAAACCUCACCGGCGGCGGAGCUUUGACCCCUCGGACACCGUUGGCCUGUCGGGACACACCCUCGCUGGCUGGCAAAACUCCUGUCCGUCCACCAUCCCAGCUGCUUCCAACCUGGACCUGAAGAGCUCUGUACGCUUCCAGCCAGGGGUGAGCUCUACAGGUGUGUCUGUUAACACAAACAUGAGCGUGGCGUCCAGAACUCGCUCGGGUGCCAGCAGGACCAGGGAACUGUUGAACACCUCCCACGCCAUGAGAUAUAGCCUACAGGUGUUGGAACAGGAGAGAACCAAGAACAAAGCAGCUCACUCCACUGAAUACCCUGCACUGUAGGGUCAACAACACUUCUUCUCACAAGCAUGUUAACGUCAAUAAACUUUUU